UCUGAGGUUUGGGAUUAGUAUUUAACCAUUAUGUACACUUUUUAUAUCCAUCAGAAGAAAUCCAAGAUUUCAGCCUCUCGCAAGCUAAUGCUUAAGAGUCUGAUGGUUGCUAAAGCUAAAGAGAUGCUGGAGCAAGAGCUGCUUGAAAAGGAGGAGGAGAAGGAGAGGUAUCUGGAGGAGAAAGCUCCUCCUGUAGAGACUAGUGGAAUGUCCUUUGCUGAGCUCCAGGAACUGUGUCGAGAUCUCCAUGCCAAGAUAGAUGUGGUUGAUGAGGAGCGCUACGACAUUGAAGCUAAAGUGCUGCACAACACCAGAGCGAUAAAAGAUCUAAACAUUAAAGUGUUAGACCUGAGAGGAAAAUUCAAGCGGCCCAACCUGAGAAGAGUGAGGGUAUCAGCAGAUGCCAUCCUGCGUUCUCUUUUAGGUUCCAAACACAAGGUUUCUCUAGACCUCAGAGCAAAUCUCAAAUCUGUCAAGAAAGAGGACACAGAGAAGGAAAAGACAGUGGAGGUUAGUGACUGGAGGAAAAAUGUGGAGGCUAUGUCUGGAAUGGAAGGCCGCAAGAAAAUGUUUGAUGCUGCACAAUAAACAAGUCAUUUGGAUUGACUAUGAAUGAAAGAUUGGUAUUGCUCACUUCUGCUUGAUGAAGAACAUUGG